UACGCGCUGCCCACCGCACCUUGCCGCCCGCCUCGCACCAGUCAGCAGCUGUGGCUCGUGUUGGCUGAACCAUCUAUAGGGCCAUCCUCUUUUUCUUUGCCUUAGGACUCCUAGACCAACAAAACAAUCACAAUGGCAGAUGAUGAAAAAAAGCGUCUCGAGGAGGCGAAGAAGGCCAAACAGGCCGAGAUCGACCGCAAGCGUGCUGAGGUGCGCAAGCGUAUGGAGGAGGCCUCCAAAGCCAAGAAGGCGAAGAAGGGUUUCAUGACACCUGAGAGGAAGAAGAAGCUCAGGUUGCUGCUGCGUAAGAAAGCCGCUGAGGAACUGAAAAAGGAGCAGGAACGCAAAGCGGCCGAGAGGAGGCGCAUCAUUGAGGAGAGGUGCGGUAAACCCAAGAACGUUGAAGAUGCAAACGAAGCAAUGCUCAAGAGAAUAAUACAGGAGUAUUAUGACCGCAUGUAUGUGUGUGAGGGCCAGAAGUGGGAUUUGGAACAUGAAGUCAGGAAAAGAGAUUAUGAGAUCUCGGACCUGAACUCUCAAGUCAACGACCUUAGAGGCAAAUUCGUCAAACCCACACUAAAGAAGGUGUCCAAAUACGAGAACAAAUUCGCCAAGCUCCAGAAAAAGGCGGCCGAGUUCAACUUCCGUAACCAGUUGAAGGUCGUCAAAAAGAAGGAAUUCACCCUUGAAGAAGAAGACAAAGAGGCCAAGAAAGCGGAGAAAGCUGAUUGGGCUAUUGGAAAGAAGUAGACCAUGUACUAAAACUAACAGUCAAUUUCUUACAAUCAUUCUCUGCUGUUGAACAAAUGAUGACUUAUUUUUUAAUUACCCAUUAAUUUAAUAUAAAAUAAAUCAUUCUUUUCUACGAUAAAUCUUUUGAAUUCCGUAAAACAUCCAAACCUGACAAAACAAG